AUGUACAUACACAAACCUCCCCCUAAAAAAGAUUCCACAACGUUUGGAGAUGUUCUGAUGAUUUUUGUUUUUGUGAUAAUUCCAGUUUCAAUAGCAUUAUAUUUCAUCAUUCGACAUUUUCGUUUAUAUUAUCAAUCAUUUCAAUUCAAACCGAGAAUGAACUCUCCAAAAUGGCCGAAAUGGUUAACGAUCAAUACAAUCACUUCGGAUCGACACGAUCCAGAAUUCGAAGUUGCAGAAUUUCGAGUUUAUCGGAAGGAAUAUGUGAGACAAACAUGGUUGGACAAGAGUGGAAAACAUAAGGAAAAAGACAAAUUGUUGUUUCUGAUGAUGAGGAAAAUGUUACAAGAUAUUCUCGGAAUAUCAGUCAAUCAAAAGACACUUCCUGAUUCCACGUGUGUCAUUUCAAUUCCAAUGAGAAAUUUUCGAAGUUCUUGUAAACCAGGAGAGUUCAUUGCAGUACACGGUGGACCAUCACCCACGAGUCAUUACGAAUUUCAAAUGAUUGGAGACGAUCGAAUUCAAGCCACGUACUAUAUAGUGGGCGGAGUCGAAUACGUGGCAGGAGUCUGUAUCUAUAUAGAAGAUCCAUAUCAAUCUAUAAUUCAUUAUAGAGAAUCUGUAGUGAAAAAAGUAUUGAGUGGAAACGAAUAUUGGUCGAAUCAAAAUAUUCGAAAUCCAUCGGUUGAAAUUGUGAAACGAAAGAAUCAGAAUAAGCAGAUGUUGGUGACGAAAAGUAAAUAUGGAGAAGUGAAACAAUGGAAUUUCAAUGGAGAUCAAAAGAGAUUCGAACAAAUUGGACCAUUCAAUGAAUCAAGUUAUGAAAUUGAAGAAGGAACAAAUAUGAAAGUUCAUUCGAAAUUAUUCUUUGUCAAAAUGUGUCAUUCGAAGAAAGAAAUUGUGAUGAUAAUGAUGUACAGAAAUGGGAAAACUGAAGGAGUUGCACAACAACUGGAAGCAAUACUAACUAGCGUUAUUGCUGUUUUUUUCAUUAUUGCAAUAUUGAUCUACAUGAUUCAAUACAUUUGUGACUAUUUCAACUCUCGAACAUUCAAAAAGAAAACAGCGACUCCACGUUAUCCACAUUGGCUCUCGGGCAAUUUAUGUACUCUACAGCUACAUGAACCAGUUUAUCCGAUUCCUGAAUUCUGUGUUUUCAUGAAGGAUUACAUCAUGAAAACAUGGAAUAAUAAGGGAAAAGUUCAAGAAAAAGACAAGAAAAUCGUGACGAAACUGAGAAAUGUGUUGGGAAAACUGUUCAAUCUAACAGUGGAUUCUGAUCUGUUUCCAGAUUCAACAUGCAUUAUUUCAAUCCCAAAAUCAAAUUUCCGGAAUGGUUCAAUGCCUGAAUUGUUCAUUCCAAUUCACGGCGGACCUCCAGAUGACAGUCAUUAUGAAUUUCAAAUGAUUGGAGAUGAUCGCAUUCAGAUCACUUAUUAUGUUGUGGACGGAGUCAGCUAUGUGGCAGGAAUCUGUAUUUAUGUUGAAAAUCCUUAUCAAGAAAGAGUGCAUUAUAAUGGAACGAUGAUAUUGAAACUUAUAUUGGAUACUCCCGAAUAUUGGUCAAAAUGGGAUCUUCAAGAAGAAAAAGUGGAUAUUGUACGAGAAAAAGGUCUUCAGAGAUACUUCGUUGCGACGAGAAAUCGAUACGGAGAAGAGAAAAGUUGGAAGUUUAAUGAAGAGGAAAAGGUAUUUGAAUCGUGUGGAAGAUGUCAUAAUUCGGAUUGGGAACUCAUUGAAGAAGGAGAUCCGAGAAUUCUCGCAAUGACGUUCUCUGUCAAAAUGUGUAAAUCUCAGAAGGAAAUGGUGAUGAUUGCUGAGAAAUAUGGAAGGAAAUGUCAUGUUAUUUGGAAUAAAAGAGUCAAUAAAAUGGAAUUAUUCGACUGUACAACUUGUGAACAAUUACAAGAAGCCCCGCCCCCUUCAUACAAAUUGGCUGUUUGCACGGCCUCCAGCAGAGGCCCUCUCAAAGUACUGUGCGCAGUGCAUUGA